AUGGGGCAUGUCUCCGGUCGCAUCGAUCCAUUGGUCUCCGAGACACCCAUAAAACCCGCCUUGCGCACCAAUGCGACCCCCAAUCCGCCGAAUACACUUGAUCGCAUCCAUUCCACGUACCGACACCGAUCGCCUCAAGCUGAGAUGCACCGAGAAAACAUAGGCGACAUCUCUGCGAAGAAGUUUGCGGAGUUGCUAUCCGGCCCAUUGCUGGACGUCUUUGUCGGGCCCGAGGGCCGCCGUUGGUCCUUGCAUCAAAAUCUCCUCGUCCACCAUGCGCGCUUCUUCGACGAGUCCUACACAGUCAACGGAGAGCAUAAGCGCAUCGAGGAUGGCAAACUGGAACUCCGCGAUCAAGACCCCACCGCAUUCGAACUACUUGUGAAGUGGCUGUACCAGGGCAAGAUCGACGACGUCUCGUGGAUGCCCAAGGAUGUCAAAUGGGACUAUGCGUUCACCUGUCAAAAACUCUACCUCUUGUGCGACACCAUCGGGCUGCAAGAACUCAAAAACCAAGCCAUCGACCAAUUCCGGCGAGGAUGCCAUGAAGCGGGUCUCGUUCCUGGUCCGGAAGAGAUGAAACCCAUCUAUGAGAAGACCGCUCCGGACUCUCCCUUCCGCAAACUCGUGAGUAAGAUUGCUGCGCGACAGAUCAUGGACCCCAGCUCGGAGAAAGACGCGACCAGUUAUAGAGAGUGCUUCGCCAUCAGCCCAGACUUUGCGGUCGACGUGAUCAAUGCGAUCAAGGAGGGAAGUGGCGGGUUAUUGUUUGACGAUCCAACCGAGGGUAACGGAUGUCGGUAUCAUGAGCACGAGGACGGUGAGAGCUGCCACAAGACGGUCAAAUUUAAGGAUAUGUCCUGA